CAGCCCUCGGCUUCGUCCGUUGGACCGUUUGUCUCCCUCGCUCCCUCCCUCACUCGAGCUGCUUCUCCAUUCGGAUAUGGCGUCUCUCAUCUCCCCGCCACCGUCAACUUCCUACCUCUUCCGCCACAAAUCCUCCUUCUACGGUACCGUUUUCCCCCAAAGGUGUGAGCAGGAGUCGAACAAGUCCAAAAAUGUCAGAUUCUUAUCAGUAAGCUGCCGAAUUAGCACCAGAGCCAAGGAGUCAUCUUCUGCUCAAAAACCCAAUACUUUAAUCAAGGAACCUCACAAGUACUUUGAUCAGGUGAUCAUCACCGUUCGUUCCGGCGACGGAGGCCACGGCGCGGUCCUCGCCAUGCCGAACCAGAGACCUCCCAGCAAGCCGCCGCAGGGGAAGCAUGAGAAGGAGAAGCUGAGGAGGAAGAGCUUGCUGAAAAGGGAUUUUGGUGGGGCCCUUGUUCUUCCUGUGGGUGGCCAUGGAGGUGAUGUUGUGAUUUAUGCUGAUGAGGGUAAAGAUUCGUUGUUGGAAUUUCACGCGAAAAGCCGGUUCAAUGCAAAACGCGGUGGGAAUGUGGCUGCAAUGGGGGUCUUGACAUCCCAGUUGCACGAUGGACUUUCUGCUCCGGCUCUGCGUAUUCCUGUGCCGCCGGGUACGGUAGUGAAGCGUAAGCGAGGAACCUUGUUGGCUGAUCUAGCACGGCCAGGGGACGAAAUUCUUGUAGCGAGGGGCGGACAAGGAGGGAUUAGCUUGGUAGAAACGCCGGAGCGUAGCAAGAAAAAGGUGAUGGCUUUGACCACAAAUGUGAUGAGAGAUGAUAGUGAUAAGGUUUUGGCUGUUGGUCAACCAGGAGAGGAGGUUAGUUUGGAGUUGAUCUUACGAGUUGUUGCUGACGUUGGUUUGGUUGGCCUUCCAAAUGCUGGAAAAUCAACCCUUUUGGCCGCCACUACACUUGCAAGACCUGAUAUUGCUGAUUAUCCUUUCACAACCUUAAUGCCAAACCUUGGACACCUUGAUGGUGACCCAAGUUUAGGGCCAGGGAUGUAUUCUUCUGAAGCAACUUUGGCAGAUUUGCCUGGUCUUAUUGAAGGUGCUCAUCUUGGGAAGGGUCUUGGUCGCAAUUUCUUGAGGCAUCUGAGGCGGACUCGGCUAUUGGUCCAUGUUGUUGAUGCAGCAGCUGAGGAUCCUGUGAAUGACUACAGAACUGUCAAGGAAGAAUUGCGAAUGUAUAAUCCUGAUUACCUUGAACGACCAUAUAUAGUGGUGUUGAAUAAAAUUGACCUUCCCCAGGCAAAGGACAGGCUUCCAUCUCUGACGGAAGAAAUAAUGAGGCUUGGUUGUGAUACAGCAUCCUCUGAGCCAGAAACGAGCACUGCAGGUGCAGUUAAACGGCCGGUCCCUGAAGGUGAGAAUGCCGAUGUAACUUCAUCAAAAGCUCCGACCAAAGACAGAAAGGAUAAAGAUAUUGAGGACUAUCCACGACCCCUUGCUAUUGUAGGAGUUAGUGUAUUGAAAGGCAUCAGAGUAAACGAAAUGUUGAAGGCGAUAAGGGCAGGUCUGCGAAAGUGCCGAGGCAUAAACGAAGCAUAGGAAUUGAGUGUGAGAGUCUCUUCUUAAUGAGAGACACUGUUACUGCAUAAACUAAUCAUGCUUAGUUCCGUGUAUUAACAACAGCAGCAGCCUAAACAAAAUGCCGAAGGCGGUAAGGAGCCGGUCUGUGCAAGUGUCGAGGUUGAAACAAAGCAUUGUAAUCGAGCGGUGAGAGUGAGACCAUGAGUUUCAAGAGGAUCUGUACCGAAGGUGCAUUGAUUAGUUCGUAUAAUACACAUCAUUUUUUUUUUUUUGCUUUGCGUUUAUGCCUAAAUCCCUAAACGAGAUAAUGUUCUUCCCUAAAUGAGAUAAUGUUCUUCGAUUUGUUUCAAGUAGUGAGAGAGGACGGAAGUCAGACUAAAAAAAAACUAUAUUAGGGUCUAGUUUCUUUCAAUACAAAUGAAGAUUCAUGAUUGAGAUCUCAAAGAAUGACGAAUUGAUAUCAUUUUGUCUGUAUCUCUAUACUAGUUAUGAUAUGUGAGUUUUAAGAGUUGUUAAAAACCUUAUGCUCAGUUUUGUUUCUUUCUAUAAUAUGAGCCAUGACAUAUGGGUUCUCACAGUAUUUAGAAAGUUGAUGUAACUAGAUGUAUGUUUUUUCAAAGUGAUGUGAUAUUAUGAAAUUCAUUAUGUUAUUAA